AUGUCACAAUUGAAAAAAUUCCAAUAAGCAGACUUUUAACUCGUCUAUCCACUUAACAGUAAGACGUCGAUGCAAAAGAAAGGAGCUGAACUCUUCAUAUGCAAGUUAGUCAAUCCUUAGAAGAAAACCUAAAAGGAAUUGGUGGAUGAAAUGGAUUAGAUGAAAAUUCGGUUAUCUAAAGCAGGCAUUUACAUUCCUGAAGGGUAUUGGGAGGAGAAGCAGGCAGUGUGUUUUGUUUAUAAGAAAUUUAAAUUUUCAAUGGCAGACUUAAUCAAAUAGCACAAGAGACAAGGAGUGUACAUCCCAAUGAAUAAAAUGCAAACUUACGUAAAUGAAUUCACAAAUUGGGUUGACAAAAUCCAUAAAUCCAAGAAGGGCGAGAAUCAGAGGUACUUUCAUGGGAGAAUCAAACCAUCAAAUCUAUUUGAGGAUGAAGAGAGCGAAUGUGUAAUAACAGACUUCUAUUAAUUCUCUAAUGAAAAUAGCGAAUUGUAUUUACCACCUGAAUCCUUGGCGGCAUUAAAAAAGAAUUAAAGUCAAAGAUUUGCUUCUGGCAGUUCAGUGGUAGAUUUGUUGGGAGGAGAUCCAGUCAAAGUUGAUAUUUGGUAAUUGGGUUUAACUUUUCUUUAGAUGGCUUCAUUAAAAGAUAUUGAAGAAUUGAUAAUCUUUAGAGACUCUAAUACUUAGGAUUCUGCCAAAGCAAUUGAAAUCAAAGAGACAAUCAAAAAGUUGUAUGGAUAACAUUUAUACAAUGUGAUAGAGAGAAUGUUGGAAAGGAAUCCUUCUACAAGAUCUCCGAUCCAUGAAUUGGAAGACACAAUCUAAGAUUUCUUCAGUGACAAUGUCAUCCAACAUGAUGAGAAUCUGCUUUAACCCAACCCUGAAUUGCUACUGGACGAAUUAAAAUAAAGAGUCACCUAAUAGAAGUAACAGACAGUUGUAUAAUAUUUAUCCAAAUAUCAAAUGCAACCAGUCAGUAGAAAAAUAAAAGCUACAAACUUUUGGGAUGCCUUAGAAGACAUCAAGAUAUCUAUUAGUUUUAAGGAAAAAGCAGUUCUAUUAUAAACAUACGAUUUGCAAAAGACUGAUGAGAUUGAUCUUUCAUCAUGGAUUCAAAGACAGAAAGAAGUCGUAAAAUUGGGAGAAUUGAGUUAGGCAUAGGAUCAGGAGUUGUUUGAAAUGUUAAAGGACAUUAAUACAUAUUUAGAAGAUAGCAACAUAAAUUUGAUUGAAAUUCUGAAAGCAAGUGACUCGGAAUAGUUGGGAAUUCUACCCUAUGAUAAAUUCGAUUCUAUAAUUAGAUAGGAGGGAAUCAACUUAAAUCCUGAAGAUAUUCCUCUCUUGAAAUUGAAGUAUGAUCCUAAUAAGAAGAAUACAAUUUACUAUGAAAGCUUUUGCGAUGACAUCAAAUCGACAAAUUAACAAUAAUUAGGAGUGGAUGAUUUAAAAAAAAAGAUGUAUAAAGCCAUAAGGGAUGUGUAUAAUGUGUUCAUUUCAUUUUUCCGUCAUUACGAUAGCAAAUCUAAGGGAUAUUUGGGCUAUGAUGAUAUUUACAAGUUUUUCAAUGAGAUUAAAUACUAACCCAAUCCUGAGAUUCUAAAAUAAGUAUUGUUUAAUCUAGAUCCAGACAAUAAAAAAAUGAUUACUUUCGACAAUGUGAGAACCUUCUUUGAAGCCAAUGUGAAUGAAGAUUUGAAGGAUAUCUUGACUCAACUAGUCAAUGGUCUCCUUAGUAUCUAGAUGACUUUACCUUAAUUAAUUAGAUCUAGCACAAAAAGUAGUAGUAUUAUAUCCUAAAGCUAAUUUUUCAAUGCUCUCAAACAAUCCAAUGAUCAUCUUCGCUAAACAGAUUUCUAAUUCCUGUUAAAUAAUUUUGGAGUAAAGGAGGAAAUCGAGUAUCCUCGUUUUGUAUAGGUAAUAGCUUAAAAGGCAAGAGAAUUGCAUGUGUAAAAUUGGAAACAACUGUAAGAGGCUGAUGGAGGAGAUAGCAUUCAAGAAAGAAAGAGUAAUUUCGAUGACCCAGAGUUAUCAUUACAGAAAUCCAUUAACUUCAAUCCUAAAUCUUUUGAUUCUUAGAAAAAACUGUUGCAAUUCAUCUCUAAAGAAUUAUAGGAGAGAGAUGAAACUCCUCGGCAAUAUUUCAAAUGUACUUUUCAACGAAUGUCGAUCCAAUAAUUCAAGGAUAAAUUGCGUUAAUUACAAGUGCAUAAAGCAGACUUUGAGGUCGAGCAGGAGGAAUUGAUUAAUAAUCUUUUGGUACCCAAUGAUAGAACAUUUGUCGACAUUGAUUUACUAAUAGAAGCCAUUCUUUAUUAUAAGGAUAAAAGAAAUGAUUAGAUUAGGUUUAGUCAACACAAUGCAGUGGUCUUUUUUGAGCAACUUAAUAAAAUGAUGAAAAAAAAGAAAAUUAAUUAUACAGACAUUGAAGAUUUAGAUUCUUUGGGGGAUGGCACCUUAAAGAAGAAGCAUCUGCAAGAUUAUUUAGUUAAAUAAUUGUUGAUAGAUUCAGAGGAUGAAAACUUUAAAGAUUUUUUAAUUUGCAUUUAACAAGAUCAAUAAAACAUAUCCUUAAUUAAAUUGAGACAAGGCUUGAAAUUAGACGAGGCUGCUAAUAAAUUGCUCCAAGAUCUCAACACUGAAUUGGCAUACGAAUAAAGCAAGCCAGAAUAACUAUUUAGAAAGUAUGAUGCCAAUAGGAAUACAAAGUUGGAAAUGAGGGAGUUUUAAGAAUUCUUAUAACAAUUGGUAGGCAAUGUAGAUUAGAAGAUAUUGGAGACACUCUUCCAUAAAUUUGAUAGUAAUAAUGAUAAUACAAUUAAUCUAAACGAAUUUAAAUAGAAAAUUAUUAAUUAGAAUGAUGAAAAUCCUAAAUAGAAUUAACAAUAAAAUAAACCAAAAUAAUAAUAAUAAUAAUAUUAAGAACCAUAAUAAUAAUUUAGAAGAACUAGUGCUGUCGAUUCCAAAGUAUUGACACCUUAGAUUAUGAAAUCAGUAUUCAGACUUAAAGAUGCUUUAAAUGAAAAUAAUUAAACCUUACAAAUUUUUGAUAAAAGAGGUAGAGGAGAGAUAUUGAUUAACGCAUUCCAAGAUAUUAUUAAUCACUUUGGAUUUGACUAUGCUGAAUUCAGAAGUCUAGCAUCAUAUUUAUAAUCACCUGAUGAUAAAAAGUUUUUAUAAUAUGACAAGUUAUAAUUACUUUUAGACGAUUGUGUGGAAGCCGAAUAAUUAUUAUUGAGUCUCAACCAAACUAUCUCAGCAGGUAAGAAUGCCACAGCUUAACUGUUUUAUAAUUAUGAUCAAAAUGGAAAUGAUGUUUUGGACAGACAAGAGUUUAAUAAAUUGAUUCAUGACAUUGAUCCUUCCAUAAAGAAUAAAUAAAUUGAUAACCUAUUCUUAUUGCUUGAUUCCAACGGUGAUGGUUCAAUAAGCAUCAGUGAAUUCAAAUCUAAAGUUUUUGCAAAGGAAAAACCAAAGGUAUUAUCUCAAGAUAACAAACAAUAAUCAGGAGGAAUGUUCAAUGAGGUUAUUAAGUUCAUUAAGUCCUCAACAACCGUAUUGGGAGAUUUUGAGGGAAUGGAUGAAAAUUACACCAAUAAGUUAGAUGUGGACAGCAUUCUUUCUGUCUUAAAAAAGAACAAUGGACCGACUCCUCAAUCACUUGAAAUGAAAGGAAUUGCCGAUUAAUUGGGAGCAUUGUAAGGCAAUUAAAUCAAUUACAAGAUGCUUUGUUAAAAAGCCAAGCAGCAUCAUAUAGAUACGCCUUAGAACAAAAUAGAUGCCAUUUUAUCUAAGUUAAGAGAGCAAUUGUAAUAAAAAUAUAUCAGCGUUAUUGACAUAGCCCAAGAGUUUGAUCUUAAUAAGAAAGGCAAAGUGAAGCUUAAAGGUUUAAAAUUAGGAAUUGCUGAUAAGUCAAUCCAACUUACUGAUAAUGAUUGGGAUUUGUUAUUGACAAUCUUGGAGUAGGAUGCAUAAGAUUAUAUUGACUAUUAUGCACUUAAUGACUUGAUUAAUUUAGGGUUGGCAAAGUACAAGGAAAGUAGGAAGGUUAUUGUGAUCAAUACCAAUUAAGAGAUUGACAAGAUUGUUAUUUCUUUUUCUCAAUAUAUGGAAAAGGAAACAUGUACUUUGCUUUAUUUGUAUAGACAAACUGAUAGAGACAGGGACAACUAUAUUUCUAACGAGGAAUUCACUGACCUUCUUCUGAGAACGAUUGGAUACUCAAGUUCAUAGGAUGUGCAAAAGUAGCUGUUUGAAAUCUUUGAUAUGGAUAAGGAUGGAAAAAUAAACUUUACAGAAUUCGAGUAUCAAGUUUAUAAAAGAAAUGAAUUAACAAAGUAGUAAAUAGAAGAUAUGAAGUUAGUGAUGCUGAAUGGUCGCAAUCCAUAAUUUGAAUAACAGAUUUCAGAAUUAUUUAAUAUCAUAUCUCAAGGCAGUUAAUCCAUAGAUUUCAAAUAAUUUACAAUGUAUAUGAAUUACUACAAGAAGUACAAGAUCUUAGAAUUAGAUUAAUUUUUUAGGUAUUUUGAUAAAGAAUAUGCAGAAAGAUUAGAUUAAUUUAGAUUUAUACUAUCAUUUAAGUAAUAAUAAACACGAAUUACCCCAUAAUAUGAAUAACCUCCUUAAUAAUAACCUUAUCCACCUGCACCCAUUGGAUACUAAUAAUAACCUAAUUAGCAAUACUAAUAAUAAUUACCAAAUUAAUAAUAUUAAUAGCAAUAAUCAUAUUAAUAAUCACAAUAAUUGUAAUAAUAGUAAUAUUAGUCGUAGUAAUAAUAACCAAAUCAAUACUAAUAAUAAUAACCAAAUCAAUACUAAUAAUAAUAGCAGAAUCAAUACUAAUAAUAACAGAAUCCAUAGUAAUAAUAAUCUUAUGGCAACCAAGGAUAUCAAUAAUAACCAUAAUAUAUGCAAUAGUAAUAAAUGUAGUUUAAGAAUUAAAAUGAUCUUCAAAAUCCAAUGUUGGGUUCUUUUAAUCCAUCAAAUAUAUCUUAAUCUAUUGUUUAUCCUCCUUAAAAUACUAAUUACAACUAGUAAAACAAUUUAGGUGAUAAUGAAAUAAAAUAAUAAUGGGUGUAAAAUACCAACAAAGUAGAUUAAAGAUGGAGUUAAGCAUAAGAUCAAUAAAUGUUUCCACCUAAAUAGGGUCCAGACUAAUGGAAAGAGAAUAAUGAUAGAUAGCAAGAGAAUCAGUAAUCGAUAAUUCCUCAAGAAUAUGAUCUAAGCUUUUACGAUUAAGAAUUGCAUAGGAAAUGUAUCUAGAAAAACGUAGACCUCUUCGAUUUAUUGUGUUAGUAUGAUGAAACUGCUUUACCUGAACUGAAGAUAUCCAGACCAGAGUAAUUGGAAUAGGCAUUCCUAUUUUUAGAAGUAAUGGCACCGACUCCACACAUCCAAUAAUUCUACUAUUAUUAUUCACAGGGAUAAAAUUAAAUGAGUAUUGUUUUGCCAUAUCUAAAAAUGAACAACCCUGGAAAACUAUUAGCCAAAGCGCUCAACUUUACAAUGGUCAAACAUUAAUAGUAUACAAGACAAUAACUAUGGAGUUUGAUUGGAGAAUAAUAACAAACUUGGCAAAUGCCUUAGUUAAUAAAAAUAAAUAAAAACCUUAAGAUUGGGUUGAAUGAAAGAGAAUUAAGAGAAGCAUUUCAAUAUUGGGAUACUCAAUAAUCAGGAGUAAUCACUUAUAGGAUGUAUGAUGAAAUAUUAAAUUUGAAUCAAAUUAUUGUGCCUACAAAAAAUAAUAAUGUUUUGCAAUAGCAAUCGCAAUAGAUGGAAGUCGGAUUGAAGUAGACAUUAGAUACCUUUUUGUUACACUUAUCCGAAGUGGUGCUUUCGAAGAAUUGCUUUAAUUUGUUUGAAUAAUUGGAUAAGAAGGGAUACAAUUAAAUACCUUACAAUGAUUUCUUGCAAAUCAGUAAAAAGCUAUUGGGAACCAUCUCAGGAGAAGAGAUAAAGGCAAUCAAGUAAAUAUUACAAUUAAAUGGAUUUAUCAAUUUAAGUGAUUUGGCUCAAUCAUUAAAGGUGGAUAGAAGCAAAAGUGGAUAAUUUAAUUAGGAUGAUGAAAAAUAAUAAUUUGGAUUGGCCAAUAAAGAUUAAAGAAAGAGUAUACUCAACACGCAAAAUAAAGAAAAGUUUACCAAAAUGUUACCAAUCAUAAAUGAAUUCCUGAAAAAGAGAAAUAAAUCAUAUGACGAUUUUGCACUUUACUUUUUCCCUCCUAAUUCAGCCAGUACCAUCGAUAAAAAUAUAUUUGUAAAGAAAGCACUUGAAGCUUAAUUUGGAUUAACAGCCAUUUAAUGUGAGGACUUAUACGAUUAUUUAGAUGCUAAUUCAAGUGGAAAUAUAUCAAUAAAUGAAUUUAGACUAGUGUUCUAAUCAAAACAAGGAGAUCAUAACAAAAACAAGGCUGAAUAAAUUAUCAUGAGCUAAGAUAUUGAAUAAGAAAUCCAAGAACUAUUCAAUUAGAUUGAUGAAAAUAAAAACUAAUCUCUAGAUUAAAGGGAAUUACUUAAAGCAUUAUAAUCAGUAGGACUGAACCCAGGCACUGAAGAAUUAACUUAAUACUUUGCAUAAUUCGAUAGAGAUAAAAGUGGUACCAUAUCUUACCAAGAGUUUUCACACAUUGUUAAGGAUAUUCUAAAAAAGGAAUUAUUAUAAGCAGAUGAUUUAUUAGAAGAUCUAAGAAGAGAGUUUAGAUAAGUUUGUAAUCCAACCACAAGAAUGCUAUCAAAAGAAUAAGUUAGUUAAGUAUUUUAAAACAUGGGCGUUCAAAUUAAAAAUGAAGAACUUGAAGACUUGUUUAUUGAAAUAGAUGAGGAUAAGUCAGGUUCAAUUGAUAUUGAUGAAUUUAUUUACUUUAUUUAGAAAAAUUAAUCAGGAAUGUCAGCAAAGGCCUCUGCUGCUGUUAUGAAUAUCAAAGGUAGUAGAAGAAUAUCAUUGCAUGAUUUAAAGGAAAUAUUUUUGACAUUGCCUUAAAACUUUAUAAUGAGUUUUGUACGCAGUCAAAAUAAAAAAUUAUAAAAUUUACCUUCGUAAUAAUUGAAACCUGUCCUAGACAAUUGUGGAUUUUUCUAUUAAGGAUUAAAUUACGUGGAUGCUGCCAAUUUCAAUAUAAAAUAGAGUAUUCUUGAUAAAGUUAAUAUCAAAAAUAACUAUAUAGCUGAAAUUCGAAUGAUUGAGGCAACUGGAAUACCAAUUCCUGAUGAAAAAGAUGUUCCCAGAAGUUCCUUUUUGAGAAGAGAAAUAGGAAUUAUACUUAUGGAUAAAGCUUUGAAUAAAUUUGAUGGCAAUGCUAUUUAUAUUCCUGCUCAAUGGAAUUCAGAAUACGAAGAUAGAUGGAUCUUCGAUUCUGCUGCCAUGGAAUAAGCGAUGUAUUUGAGAUGGGGCAAUUUCGAUGAGAAAAUGGAUAAUAUGAUAGAAUUGAUUUUCGAGUUUAUUACUUAUUCAACCAACAAGGGUCGAUUAAUUCAAAUAUCUUGUGCUUAUGGAUCCAUUCCUGUUUAUUAACUUAAACCAGGAAAACAACUAUUGGAAUUAAAGGGAGGUGCUCCUCUCAAGGAUAUAACCAUCGACAAAAAGGACAUUAGAACCAAUAGAAGUGGGUGGAGGUCUGUUGUUAAAGCACUAUCUUCGAACAUUAAAUCUUAAUUGGUUGUAGAAGUGGUAAAAUUGACUCCUUAGACUAUUUUUAAAUUAUCAGCUCUACCAAACAAGUGUCUCUUAAAUAAGUGGGCUUUGGGGAUGCAAUCAGCUUUUAGGGAAUAUUUUGCUUAUAGGACAUAAAUGAAGGGGGAAAUCGAAUUGAAUUUGGCAAGCGAUAUAAGAAUCAAAGCUUGGUUAAAUUGCUUUGAUUGCCCAGACACAACAAGGGCAGUGGCUCAAUUUUGGAAUGAAUUUAUAGAGUAAAAGUCAAAUCCAUAUAAUUAAUAGACCUAAAGUGAAUGAUCACCAGUUCUUAUUAAAAGCAGUGUCUAAGAUGGCAGAUUCCUUAUAUUUGAUGUUUAAGAACACAGAGUUUAAAUUUUCUGCUGGAGAUCCUACUGCCAGAAUAGAUCAUGAUUUGGCUCUACUUAAAAAGAGACAACAAUUAAUUGCUGAUGCCAUCCUGGAUAUGAAAACUAAUUUAGGGAUUGGCAAUCAAUAGCAGUAUGAUUUGUUUGUUAUUAUUCAUUUAGGAAAAAGUAAUAGGCGGUAGUUAGUUUGGAGCCAUUAAACAUUGAGGAGAUGAUGGAUUUAGAAAAUGAUUAGGACUUACAAGCGAUUGAGAGAUUUUUGAAUAAGAAAAAACCAAAAAAAUAAGCAUAAUAGUAAUGAAAUUUAUGAACAUCGAAG